UUCAGCCCUUCGCUUCUGUGACCACAAAUAGCAUCUUUGGCAAAUCUGGUUUCAGUUGGGCCUUUGCUCACCUCCUGAAUUCCACGCAGGGUCUUAAAAACCCUUGAGGAAUAAAAGAUUUAAGCCUGCCCAAUGGACUCCGUGAUUCCGUACUUAUAAGAGUGCCCCAAACGGGGGUGGGGAAGGAGGGGACAGAUGCCCUAGGAGCAACCCGAGACUGGUCUGCGCGAUCUGCCAAGUCACUGGCUCUGCCUAGGACCCAGAAAUGAGAACGCUCCCGAGACUGGUGGAUCUGUCCCUCCUCUGGAGAAAGGAUGCGGGUAACCGAUCUAAGGUGCAGAAUCAAGGGUCCGGCUGUCUGAGAGCGCUAAGAAGCAGAAGCCUCCUAGGUGUUGGUGGCAAGCAGGGUCGCCAGGCUUGGGGAUCCGGCGGCCUGGCGGAGAGAUAUACCAAGGGCGGCAGCGGGGGAUCAGAAGGCGAGCGAGGAAGCCGCCGAGACUCGGAGAACUCAGGAGCGCUGUAGGGACCUGUGAGGGGUCGGAUGUAAGGGGCUGGCUGGGACGACCCUAGCCUAGAGUUCCCUUGUGGUCUACAGAGACGUCCUCUGGACUCGGCGAAGUAAGGAGUGAGCUGAGUGGCUUUCCAGCCUCAGCGGUGCGGAAGUGCAGCGAUGACGCAAGAACCAGAGCGGCCUGUACGGCCUCGAACUCAGGGUAGGGUCCUGUUCCUGGUCAUCUGUGCAGCUGGCAUUGGUGGAACUUUUCAGUUUGGCUACAACCUUUCCAUUAUCAAUGCUCCAACCUUGAGCUCAAGAGACUUGAUGACUGGAUUACAGAAUCACAGAGCCUUGUGGAGGAGAAGGCCUGUCCUGUCCAGUACCAGCAUCCCUGUCAUCCCCAGGAGGCUGACUGCCAUCUCUUUUCACAGCAUAUUCAGAAAUUCACCAAUGAAACAUGGCAAGCACGCACUGGAAAACCACUGCCUGACCACAUGGUUCUGCUUGUAUGGUCCCUCAUUGUGUCUCUUUUCCCCAUGGGGGGACUUUUUGGAGCCCUGCUUGCAGGACCCAUGGCCAUUAAGCUGGGAAGGCGUGAGCAUGAACGUUCAGCCUAUGUACCUGGGGGAGAGUGCUCCCAGUGAACUCCGAGGAGCAGUGGCCAUGACCUCAGCCAUCUUCACAGCCCUGGGAAUCGUGAUGGGACAGGUGGUCGGAUUGAGGGAGCUGAUGGGUGGACCACAGGUAUGGCCCCUUCUGCUGGCCAGUUGCCUGGUGCCUGGGGUACUCCAGCUCGUCUCAUUGCCCCUGCUUCCUGAGAGCCCACGCUACCUCCUCAUUGACUGUGGAGACACAGAGGCCUGCCUAGCCGCUCUGCAGAUGCUGCGGGGCACCCAGGAUGUGGCAGAGGAGAUGGAAGAGAUGGAGGAGGAGCGUGCUGCCUGCCAGGGCCGCCAGGCACGGCGCCCAUGGGAGUUGUUCCAGGACCGGGGCCUGAGGAGGCAAGUGACAAGCCUUGUGGUGCUGGGCAGUGCCAUGGAGCUCUGUGGGAAUGACUCGGUGUAUGCCUAUGCUUCCUCAGUGUUCCGGGAGGCAGGAGUGCCUGAAGAGAAGAUCCAGUAUGCCAUCAUUGGAACUGGGAGCUGUGAGCUGUUUGCAACUUUUGUUAGCUGCGUGGUGAUUGAGAGGGUGGGUCGGAAGGUGCUGCUGGUAGGGGGAUACUCUCUGAUGACCUGCUGGGCCAGCAUCUUCACAGCUGCGCUGUGUCUGAAGAACUCCUUCCCCUGGAUGCCCUAUCUGGCCAUGUCCUGCGUCUUUGCUUUCAUCCUCAGCUUUGGUAUCGGCCCUGCUGGAGUGACGGGAAUCCUGGCCACAGAGCUGUUUGAUCAGACAGCCCGACCUGCUGCUUACAUGGUCUGUGGAGCCCUGAUGUGGAUCAUGCUCUUCCUGGUUGGAAUUGGGUUCCCCUUUGUCAUGGAGAGCCUGUCCCACUUCCUCUUUGUUCCUUUCCUCGGUGUCUGCAUCUGUGGAGCCAUCUACGCUGGAUUGUUCCUCCCUGAGACCAAAGGCAAGACAUUCCUGGAGAUCUCUGAGGAUUUACACAGACUCAGCUUGCCCGUGCAGGCCCAGGGCCCCACAAGGAGCAGCAGGGAGGUCAUCCAGUCCACAGAGCUAUAGCUGCACAGUUGUGGCAGGGGCUAAAGGUGGCUGCUGCCCUGUCCUUUGCUUUUCAGAAUGAUUUGCAUUUUAAUGAGUGUUUAUUCAGCACCUACAUUUGCCUUUUUUAUACUUUGAUAUAAUUCUAUAUUAUUUGUACACAUUUGUGUCCGGCUUUCUUUGGAAAAGUUUAGUUGCGUGUGUUAGUAUACAUUCCUUUGUGUUGCUGAGUAGUUAUCCCCUGUAUGGGUAUAUCAUGAUUUGUUUAUCCCUUUGCCUAUUGGGGGCUGGGGAUACAGCUCAGUUGGUACAGUGCUUUCCUUGCAUGCAUAAGGCCCUGGGUUCAAUCCCCAGCACUGCCAAAAAAAAAAAAAAAAAAGUCUUUGGUAGACAUUUGGAUUACUUCUAAUUUUUGGCCACCAUGAAUAAAGCUGCUGUGAGUAUUCCUAUGCAAAUUGUUGUAUAGAUGUGUAUUUUCAUUUUUUGUGCAUCUGUUUGGGCUGCUAUAACACUGUAUCAUAGACUGGGUGGCUUAUAAACAAUAGAAAUAUACUCCUAAUUCUGGAGGCUGGAAAGUCCAGGGUCAAGGGCCCACUUCCUGGUUUAUAAACAUUUGUUUUCUUGCUGUAACCUCCCAUGGCAGAAGUGAAGAACUUCAUCUCUUUUAUAAGGCACUAGUGGAUCCCAUUCAUGAAAGCUCUACCCUCAUGACCUAAUCACGUCUUAAAGGCACAACUUCCGAAUACCAUCAUAUUAGGUAGCAAGAAAUCUCUAGAGAGUAAUAUUUAUUUGGGAAUGACAGAGCAUUGCAAUGGGAAUAUGUGGACCAAUACUAAUCUAUGGGUGCAUUCAAGAAGGUCAGACAAGUAGUUUUUAUAGGGAAAAAAGGGAAAUUUUUUGGUGAGCUGCGUGGAUUAAAAGUAUUCAUUGGUCUGUUCUGCAAGGUGAUUAUAGUAGUGUUUUAUACUUUCACUAGCAGUGAUUUGAGAGUUCUGCAUACUCCAAAUCAUCAAUAUUUGGUUGGUAUUGUCAGUAUUUUCAAUUUGACCAUUCUAGUGAGUGUGUAGAAAGUAGUGUCUCUCUGUGCUUUAAUUAUGGUAUUUUCUUGAUGACUAAUAAUGUUGACCACCUUUUCAUGUGUUUAGUAUGACCAUUUAUCUGCUUUUGUGAAGAAUCCUUUCCUAUCUUUUGUCUACUAUUUUUAUUGAGUUACCUUAUUUUUUUAAUUAACAAGCAUUUUUAUUAACUUUUUUGAAAAAUUGAUUAUGAGUUUAAUAUUAUAUUUUUAAUAUUAUAUUUUUACCUGGGCAACACAUUUAGAGGUUCUUAGGAAUAAGAAUCAAAAUAAAAUAGUCAUUAAUGUAACUAGACUACAUAGUUGUAUCAAAAAAGAGAAAAAAAAAUCAGUGUUUUGUAACUAAGUCUGAGUUUAGAAUAUAUCACCUGCUUUAAAUAAUAUUUAAAUCCUAAAAGAUGAAAGACAUUUUGCAGGAGAAAACAGGCUCAAGAAGGAAACAUUACAAAAGAUAUAAUAAUAAUUACUUUGAAUCAAAUUUAUGAAUCAACUUCUUUCUCCAAACAAGAUUUCAUGUCUCUAAAGAACACAGGUUUCUAAUUCCAGAAAGAUAGUUGUCAAAACUUUAAAUACUUCUCUAACAAUUACAUUCUCUAUCUGGAUCAAACUUUUACUGCCCAACAUUUCUUGCCAUUUUUCUUAUUGUCAACAAAGCCUAGGUGCUGGACUUUGUGAACUGUGACACAGCUAGACCUUUAAGUAAUUAUUAUAACUAAUAUAUCUAAUAGUUAUUUGCUAAGAGUAAUAGAAUGAUAUACAUAUACCCCUUAUAAACUAAAAUAGUACUUCUGCACACUUUUCUGUGCAAGAGUUUUAUUAACCCAAAAUACACUCAAGGAAAACCUUUUGACUUUCAUUUCUAAUCUAUAUAGGCCUAUAAUAACCAAAUUUAUUGAGUUAUGACAGAACUGCAUAACAUUUCUUAAAAUUUCCUUCUUGAGCUCUGUGAAACCUCAAAAAGCAAUCUACUCACUAAUGGUCUGUUAGACAUAAAUAAUCAAAUCAUGUAUUAUGUAUAUUUAAUACCAAUAAAAUAUAAUAUAUAAUCAACAUUGUAUAAUUAAAAUUGUCAAGCUCUACUUGAAAGCCUUAAAAAAUGACUCUGGAAGAAUUAAGCUAUUCUAUUUAACACGUAAUAGAUAGUUGGCAUAAAGCAAAGUUUAUGUAUUUAGUUUUCUCAUAUUCUAUUGUAUUUCCAUAAACCAUUAAGAUAUAACUUUAGGUAUUUUUCCAUCAGUAAGUAAAGAUAUAGAUGAUUUCUUUUUAUAGGUAACUGAAGGUUUUAAGAGGGUUUAGACUGAAAAUCAGGUACCAUUUAGUCAUAACAUGAUACAAAGACCUUUAAUCAGGAAAAAGAUUUUUAGCAUUAUUGCUUAAGUCUUAUAAACAUGUUGAAUUUUAACCAAAUUGAUACCUCUCCAGUCUUGUUUCCUUUACUAUUAAGUCAUAUUUUUUGGCAAAUAUAUAGGUAAUGAUGUAAUUUUAAAAUUAAAUUAACUGUGAAUAAAUUCUAAUUUGUUGAUCAGUGCAUAUAUUUUGCCCCCACUUUACCUAGUAUAUUCCUCCUGGAAAAAGUGACUGUCCCACAUGAAAACAAAACAAAACAACAACAACAACAACACACACACACACACACACACACAAACAAACAAAAAAAAACCGCAGAGCUUUAUUUCUUCCUUGAAGAUUUUCAGGUAUUAUAGGAGCAAAAAAGUCCAUUAAAAAAAAAAA